CUUGAACUCGAACUGGCAUGACCUCUAUCUCGUCUCGCCGUUUACGCAAAGAGCUCAGUGAAAUACAGACAGAAGGAUGUCCGACAGGCAUCACACUACUCAGUGCUGACAACUUUGAGACGUGGUACUUCUCCAUAGAAAUUCUGGGAGAAAGUCUAUACCAGGGGGAGGUAUUCAAGCUCAUGUUUCGCUUUGACCCAAGCUACCCCAUCUCGGCGCCUGCAGUACAGUUCGUCGUCAACCAGGAGUCAACGGCACCUGUGCACCCGCAUGUAUACUCCAAUGGACAUAUCUGCGCUUCUAUCCUUGGAACGGAAUGGUCACCAGUUCUGAGUGUCUCUGCUGUGUGUGUAACCCUGCAGAGUAUGCUCGCGUCAUGUAAAUCAAAGGAACGGCCUGUAGAUAAUGACAGGUACGUUCGGUACGCACCCGAUAAUCCAAAGAAGACACGUUUCCACUAUGACGGUAAGCAGCCGGUGCACUGA